AUGCCAUUCAAGCACGUUGCUGAAGUUACCACCAUAUUCGAAAUUCAACGAGCUCUAUCUAGUGGUAUGCUCAGUUUUUCUAGAACUCGAGUUUUCAUUCUUAGGCUACCAGUAACGGCGGUACUGAUCCGAAAAUCCAAAGUUGGGACUGGGUCGCAACUGAGUAUACCACUAGAUACAGCUCGCCGAGUUCUACUUGAAAAACGAAUUGAAACGCAUCCCUCAACAAAUAUGGAAAGCCUUUAUUCGAAUCUAGUACUAACUUCACCGACGACAUUCCAGUUACGCAACACCAUACCAUUGACUCUCCACAGUUUGAUGACCUUCCUGUCAUACAACUCUAUUAAACAUCCAUCAAGCGCUUCACCAUAG